AUGGAAGACUUGCCUUCCUUAAGAUGUGGACCUAAGCGAGCUCACAAAAAGGUUCGGACGGGAUGUAUUGCCUGUAAGACGAGGCACGUAAAAUGUGAUGAGCGAAGACCCCAAUGCGGGCAAUGCACCAAGCAAGUUACUGCCUGUAAUUUCCCUUCACCAAAACCAUGUGCUACCAUAGAGACUACGAUACCACCCCCAUCUCAGAGUCUUCCGUACAAGGGCGGGGACCUGGAUCUCAACAUGCUUGAUCUCGAACUCAUACAUCACUGGACCAUCUUCACACACGAUAGCUUGACAGUCAGCCCCUUGAUUCGGACAUUCUGGCUGAGGAAUGCGGCGCAAAUUGGUUUCCGCUGUGACUUUGUCAUGCGGAGUUUACUCGCCCUGUCUGCCUCACACCUAGCACAUCUCAAUCCUGCACGAGAAGAGGCCCUCUAUCAACACGCACUGAGGCACCACAACACGUCCACCGCUUCAACUAUUGCAUCGAUUUACCACAUAGACCAAGUGGAAGAUAUCGCCAUGCGGGAGAAUCUUUUUCUAUACUCGAUGUUCAUCAUGUUCUACAUCAUCUCACAGACGGAUCACCCCCAGGAUGCCAUCUUCGGUCGUCCGAGUCGGAAGGAAAGAUCUUCCCCGGACUGGAUGGUAUUCUUCCACGGAUCAAGGUCAAUCGCCCUUGCAUCAAUGGCGCUACAUACCACUACCAGCUUAACCCAUCCAGUAAUCGGCUACACGACGGGGAUGCUCGCAGAUGGUGAGCGAACAUCAAAGAAGCAAUAUCUCAGCACUCUACUUGCCCGCAUAAAGGCCACCGAGUCAAAUGCCCAUUUAAAAACUUACAUGCAUGCUGCGGAAGAGCUUGAAGCAACGUUCGCGGUCCUGACCGAGUUCCCGGAGAGCAGAGACAUAUUUCAUGGGUUCCUCUGGAUCAGUAACGUUUCAGAUCACAGGGGAGAUCUGAUAGCAUUGCUCCAGGGACGCGAUGCAUCACAAGAAGCGUUGGUUAUCUACACGUACUUUUGCAAGAUCAUCCAGCGGCUGCCGACACGAUGGUGGUCUGAAAAAUGGGUUCGGGGGCUCAAAGAUGGUGCCUUCGCUUCACUUGAUGAAGAGCAUCGAACCUGGGUCGUCGAUAUACCCAGUUGGAUCUGA